GCAGGCUGCCACAGAGUCAUUGCAGACAGCGCGUUUGGGAGGUGUAGUGGAAGAAAGGCAAAGAAACGGAGUAAAUGAGAGCACUUUUGUCCAGAUUGUUGAAGGACUUCUCAACUUAAUUUACCGCCGAAACAGCUCACUAUAAUGAGACGGACACAUUGUUGAAUUCCUGUCCAGGGAACUUGAAAGAGGAACUUGGCACAGUGUAGUAGAACACACUAGUACUGGUUCCACUGUGGCAUUUGAACACAAACCAGGCGUCGCUUCAGGGCUCUGUUUACCAGCAACAGGUUACCACCAUUGAGAAGGCGGCUGUAAACCCCAGGACCCCGUCUCCAGGCUCCUGCACAGGGCUACGUGAAGGAAACUUAGGAAACAAAGCGGUGUCUCACCCUGUGGGAAACCUGGAUCCUCCACCCUGCCCACCAACAUGACCAAUGUGGUGAUUGUCAAGGAGGGAUGGCUGCAUAAAAGAGGAGAAUACAUCAAGACCUGGAGGCCAAGGUAUUUUCUCCUGAAGAGUGAUGGUACAUUCAUUGGCUACAAAGAGCGGCCGCAAGAUGUUGACCAGCUGGAAACCCCCUUAAAUAACUUCUCUGUCGCACAGUGCCAGCUGAUGAAGACGGAACGGCCCAAGCCCAACACAUUUAUCAUCCGCUGCCUGCAGUGGACCACUGUCAUCGAGCGCACCUUCCACGUGGAGACCCCCGAGGAAAGGGAAGAAUGGACUAAAGCCAUCCAAGCAGUGGCUGAAGGCCUACAGAAACAAGAGGAGGAGAUGAUGGACUCCUCUCCAGACCCCAUGGACAUGGAGGUCUACCUGACCAAAAUCAGACACAAAGUGACUAUGCACGACUUUGAAUACCUCAAACUCCUGGGAAAAGGCACUUUUGGCAAAGUUAUCCUGGUAAAGGAGAAGGCCACAGGACGCUACUACGCCAUGAAGAUCCUAAAGAAGGAGGUGAUCGUAGCAAAAGAUGAAGUGGCGCACACACUCACAGAGAACAGAGUCCUCCAGAAUUCAAAGCAUCCGUUCUUGACAGGACUGAAAUACUCCUUCCAGACACAUGACCGCCUGUGCUUUGUCAUGGAAUAUGCAAACGGCGGUGAGCUUUUCUUCCAUCUGUCAAGGGACCGUGUGUUCUCAGAGGAGCGGGCUCGGUUCUACGGUGCAGAGAUAGUGUCAGCGCUGGACUACCUGCAUGCUGAAAGAAACGUGGUCUAUAGAGAUCUAAAGCUUGAAAACCUCAUGCUGGACAAAGAUGGCCACAUAAAGAUCACAGAUUUUGGCCUAUGUAAGGAGGGGAUCAAAGAUGGCGCUACCAUGAAAACAUUUUGUGGUACACCAGAGUACCUAGCACCUGAGGUGCUAGAAGACAACGACUACGGCCGUGCAGUGGACUGGUGGGGUCUGGGGGUGGUGAUGUACGAGAUGAUGUGCGGCAGACUGCCUUUCUACAACCAGGACCACGAGAAGCUGUUCGAGCUCAUCCUCAUGGAAGACAUCCGCUUUCCCCGAACACUCGGUCCAGAGGGACGCUCGCUGCUCUCCGGCCUUCUUAAGAAAGACCCAAUGCAGAGGUUAGGUGGAGGGCCGGACGAUGCCAAGGAAAUCAUGCAGCACAAGUUCUUCGCAGGAAUUGAAUGGCAAGAUGUUUAUGAGAAGAAGCUGGUCCCGCCGUUUAAGCCCCAAGUUACCUCGGAGACGGACACACGAUAUUUUGACGAGGAGUUCACAGCACAGACCAUCACUAUUACGCCACCCGGACAAGAUGACAGCAUGGAGUCAUUUGACAGCGAGCGGAGACCCCACUUCCCCCAGUUCUCCUACUCCGCCAGUGGGACGGCCUAAACGACUCUGCUACAUUCUUUUGGUCCCACCAUCUCCCCUCACCCCACCCGACUGCACUCUCGAAAGACCAGGGACCGCUGCCCCGUCCUCCCAGCAUUGUCUGCAGAUGCCGUUGGUGGAUGUAACAUUUACAUUCUGCAAGUUGUGUUUUCCAGGAAGGAGGAAAUUCAAGACAAAACAAAAAUAGCUGUGGUUGUUCUGCAAGGCCUUUUUUGAAGACUGACCACAGAGAGAGAGAGAGAGAGAGAGAGAGAGAGAGAGAGAGUUAACACUACUCUGUAUUUCCUGGUUGUUAUGUUGUAUACUGAGCAGGCAUCCAUACAUCAUAAUGAAUGGGAAAAUGUAGUUAUGCUAUGCACAAAUUGGGCCACUGAUGUGAAUUUUGAAAAGGGCCAUUUUGUAUUGAAAAUAUACAACUGAAUAUCGAUCAACCAUUUCAAAUAGGAAUAGGCAUACUGUGGACCAAAAACAUGUGAGCAGAAAGUGUGUUGUUUUGUUGAGUGGGUAAUAAAUCCAUGUUUUCCUCUCUACGACUUCUGAACAACUCAAGUACCAUUCAGACUUCAGGACAUUUUUUGGGCUUCAAAAGUGAAUGUACCGUAUCAAAUAAAGUCAAACUUUCUGCAUACUUGUUGUAACACAUGGCUGAUUCUCCUAAGACUGAAAUACCAUCUUCUGUAGAUGGUGAGAUAUUUGUAUGCCCUUUUUUCUACUUCAUUGAUGCAAAACUGACACCAAUCAAGGCUGUUGUAUGGUCAUGCUACAGCAAGAUGAGUCUGAGUCAGUUGUGCAGCAACAGUCUGAUAUGAGGAUUGACAGACAUGCAAAAGAAUGCGGUGAUUAAUUAUUAAGAUAAAAGCUGCCCUGCGAUGUAUUCCGCUUAACUGUUAGCACAUCCGACUCACUGAGAGACCCUCCGUUUCCUGUCCAGGAUAAUAACACCCCCCCCCCCCGAAGUAAGUGCUUGUAGUUCCUGAUGCCUUCCUCUCUCGAUGCUGUGCUGCAGACACCUCCUGGUUUCCCUCUGAUCAGGGUCAGUCUGUGCUGAACUCUUCUUUCCUCUGGGUUUUUCCUCCAUGUACAGUACAGUAUUGGGUGUUUUCCACCUGGUGCAUUCACUGCAGCCUCAAUGAGGUCACUUAAAACAUAAUAAACCUCUUUAAGGAAUACUUUGCAAACAAACUGGGCUUCAGGGGAAAAAACACAUCUUUGAUUUGCUACUUUAGGGGACAUCUGUCCCUUCACGAGCUUCUGAGUUAUUUAUGAGACCAGCAUUGACUAAAAUGAGUUUUACUGUGCCAAUGAUAUGCACUUUGCUGCCCCAAAAUGAUUGUAUCUGGACUCUUAUUGUACUUCAUGGUUGGUAAAGACUAAAUUAGCUUAUUUUAUAAUGUAAAAAUUCAAAUGUUGUGGAUACAAAUAAAACACGGUUUGCUUGUUUAAAUGAUUACUCCCCUUUUACAGACAGCUGAGGCUAACAAUGAGACUCUUAAGUAGGCUACUGAAACUCUUGUUUCAAAGCGUACUAAGAAAGUUCCAAAAGCACCUCAGUAUUUUUCAGAUGACAGACGAUAACUUUCUAAAAGUGCAUCAUACGUUAUUGAAUGUAAUGGUUUUUAUAUUGUUUUCACUUCAAACCUUUAAGUUUUUUGAAUCUGUUACUUAUUCCUAUGCACGCUCCCCCUUUGCUGUCACCUUCUGAAAAUAGGGAAAUUCAUUUUAUACUUUUGAUUUUUUACUUCAUCUUAUUUUUUUUUGUACCUGCCCUCCCAUACUCCUGAGACUGAGGACACCAGCUUUAGUAAACAAAUAAUAUAAACUUUGUACACUGUUUUUACUUGUUUCUUUUGAAUUGAUGAAAUAAAAAAAGGUCUUAACAAUAA